AUGAAGAAUUUAAAGAAAGUGGUGACUAAAGAGGAGGUAAAAUGCAGAAAAAAAAGCUACUCAGGAGGUGCCCACUGUCCCCAUGAUGGCUGCGCCAGAGCCCCAGGAGCCUGGGAAGGGGAAGGUGGAAUUAGAAGAUCAUGUGACAUUGGAGUAGGAGGAUUUAUCUUGGUGACUUUAGGAUGCUGGUUCCAUUGUAGGUAUAAUUAUGCAAAGCUAAGAAUCCAGGAAAGACUUGCCAGAGAAGGAAUUAAAAACAAGAUUUUAUAUGAAAGUACCCACCUUGAUCCUGAAAGAAAACAAACCAAUGGCGGCAGCACCAGCAAUUGAGCAGUCUUGAGCAUAGAAAACCCAGAUAUAACUCACUUCAGUGUAAACAAAGCUGAGAUCAACUAUAGUAAGCAUUUUAUAUACCAUAAGACUUUCAAUCAAGUAAAU